AUGAAGAAUACGACACUCAUGGUGCUAAAGUUGUCAUCCUCUGGAGUCGGGAGCUCCUCGUCCGGCGGCGAAUCGGGCUCGGAGGCGGUGGUGCUCGCGAACGCUAUGGACGUCAACCACUUCGGCUACUUCCAGCGCAGCGUCGCCCGCGAGUUCAUCGUCUUCGUUGCUCGCACCAUCGCUCAGCGCACCCAGCCAGGCCAGCGGCAGUCCGUCCAGCAUGAUGGUAACCUCAUAUCUGAUCGGCUUUCAAAUCUCUAUAAGAUCUGGGGUCUGUACUAA